AUGUCACACAGACACCAAAGACUCACAAACCAUUCCAUUCCAUUCCAUUCCACCACCCCAAAGUUCCUUCCUUUUUCUCUUCCCUUUCCCCCUUUUGCCUCAAUUCCUCGCCCCUUUACUCUCUUCUUCCCUGAUUUCCAUGCAUGAGAUCCAAUACUCAACAUUUCUUCCUUUCGUAAUUCUAUCUCCAGUUUAAGUCGUGAGUUCUUCAUGUCGUCGUAAUUUGCUCCCGUUACAGUUGUAAGAGUAUACUCUUUAGCAGCCGCCGCCUCUGUGAACUGGGCUCUUCUGAUAAGGAAUUCGACGCCGGCAGUGGCAGGGGACGCCGGUUGUGGGCAGGGCCGGGGGAAUUUUGAUGAUCGGUGGUGGCAGGCGGCUCGCAGCUAUGUCCACGAGUUUCAUUUGGUAGAUGCUCGGCGCGAAACUCUACAGUGCCUAUAAGGUGUUUGUGAUGAAGCUACCGUGUUCCAUGUAUGAAAGGUUUUCUUCUUCUUCAGAGACUGGUGAAGAUGAUGGCUUUGUUUUUGGCCUAAGCUUAAAGAAGAGAUUGUGGGGAGGAAAGUCACAGUAAAGGUGGUUAAUUUUCUUAAAGCAUAUUGCUGGCUGGCAUGCCCUCUUAAUUGAUUCUAGGAAAAGAAGACUCCCAAGAGAAAAUGAAGUUUAUGAAACUUGGAACCCGGCCAGAUACCUUUUAUACAGAAGAGGCAACAAGGUCCUUGGCAUCAGAGAUCCCCAGUGACCUUGAAAUCAGAAUCAACGGCGUUACUUAUUUGCUCCACAAGCUGCAGUUUGCACUCCUUCCAAGAUGUGGGCUCUUACAAAGGCUCUAUUCUGAUACUCCUGAAUCCACCACUGUCACAAUGGAGCUCCACGACAUUCCUGGAGGGGAAGAAGCAUUCGAGCUUUGUGCCAAGUACUGCUAUGGAAUAACGAUCAGUCUCAGUGCCCACAACUUUGUGCCGGCAUUCUGUGCUGCUAAGUUCCUUCGGAUGACAGAAUCGGUUGAUCAAGGCAGUUUUGUGCUUAAGCUCGAGGCUUUCUUCAACUCGUGUAUCCUUGAAGGUUGGAAGGACUCUAUCACAGCUCUCCAGACUACGGUGAAGCUGAAUGAAUGGUCUGAGAAUCUGGGGAUCAUCAGGAGAUGCAUCGACUCCAUUGUUGAUAAAAUCCUCACGCCUCCUGCUAAGGUCAGAUGGUCAUAUACUUACACAAGACCAGGGUUCAACAAGCACGAGCAUUCCGUCCCAAAAGAUUGGUGGACAGAAGACAUAUCAGACCUCGACAUAGACCUCUUCAGAUGCAUCAUCACAGCCCUGAAAUCAACGUACCUGCUGCCACCUCAGCUCAUUGGAGAAGCAUUACAUGUGUACGCCUCUCGUUGGCUUCCAGACACCACAAAAAUUCGCCCCUCGGAAAGCUCGGAGCCCGGAGAAGUAGUGUCAGACAAGGAAAGUCAGAGAAGAGUCCUUGAAACCAUCGUGAGCAUGAUCCCUGUGGACAGGGGCUCGGUAUCCAUUGGCUUUCUUCUCAGACUUCUUAACACUGCAAAUUACCUGGCCACGUCUCCUGCUACGAAGGCAGAGCUCAUAAGGAGAUCAAGCGUGCAACUUGAGGAGGCAACUUUGAGUGACAUAUUGUUCCCUUCACAUUUGGGUCAGCAGGUUUAUGAUAUUGACUCAGUUGCAGCUGUGCUUGAGAGUUUCUUGGUGGUUUGGAGACGUGUGUCGCAGGAAGCUUCUGUGGAAGAGAGUCAGGUUGUGGCAUCAAUUCGGAGGAUCGGAAAGCUCAUUCAUUCUUACCUUCAAGUGGUGGCCAAAGAUCCUGACAUGCCCGUGUCAAAGUUUGUUUCUCUUGCUGAAGCUCUACCGGAUGUUGCAAGAAGAAACCACGACGAGCUUUACAAGGCCAUCAACAACUAUUUGAAGGAGCAUCCUGAUUUGAGCAAGGCAGAUAGGAAGAGACUCUGCAGGACGUUAGACUGUCAGAAACUGUCACCAGAAGUUCGAGCCCACGCUGUCAAGAACGAGAGGCUGCCACUAAGAACUGUCGUUCAAGUUCUCUUCUUUGAGCAGGAGAUCAAAGGUGGUGGUGGUGGUGGUGGUGGUUCGAACAGCAGAAUGUUGUCUCAGGAACUUUCCUUUAACGGGAAGCAGCCGGCACCACCAGCAAUGGCUGCUGCUGCUGAAGAUUUGAGUAGUAAGCUACAAUUGAAGAGUUCAACACCAGAGAGCAGUAGCAUAAGGAGUAAUAAGCACGAGAGGGUGAAAAGACCAGAUAGUAGGAAGGGGAAGGUGGAAGAUGAGAGAAAUAUCUUGGUGAGAGGGGAAAUAGAAGAAGAGGUAGAGAAAGGGAAAGAAGGAAGCAAGUUGGACAGGAAGAAAAUAAUGGGGAGCAGAAGUGGAUCAUCAACCCAUGGAAGGGAUAAAGGUAGGGAUAGAUAGGUAAGGUAGCAGAAGUAGUUGUUCAUUUUGAGCGCCAAACUAAUUUCAUAGUUGGUAGUUUCUGUUCUUUCGUUUGUGUAAAAAGUGAAGAGGGGGAAAAGAGUUAUUCAUGUUGGGCAGUAAAAGAAAAUGUAGAGUUCCUUUUUAUAUGAUGAGGCCUUUUGAUCGGAUUGAUCAAUAAUAUUCAAACUAGUUGUUUCUAAUAGAGACUGUAAUAAUAAUACCAUGACCAAUUUGCUAUCUGCUUAAUCAUCACUUAGUACACAAUUUAACGGAUACGACGAACUCAAUCGUCGUCGGUUAGAGGGAUGUUGUUAGCCCAGCCUUGAUCAGCCUGUGCCUUGACGAACUCUGCCAACAUCUUGAUCUCUUCAUCCUUCAGCCGUGGUCCAAACGUGCACUGACCUCUUGGACUGCAAGUCUCCCCAAAUCCCUGCAUUCUUGCUUUGCCGAAGUAGGUAAUUUGGUAGAUGGCGUCUUCAGUUUCUACUCCAUUUCUGCAAAACCAUUCGAAAGCCAACAAACAGCAGAACAGAUGAUGCCCUUUGCUUAUUCAACUCAACCUCCACCCCUUCUUCUUUUUACCUUUGCAGGUCGUUCGCGAAGAGUGAUGCGCCCUAGACAUUUGCAAAGCGUUACCCACGUUACGUAGUUAAAGUUAACGCAUAACUCAUUGCUGCAAUUUUGACUGCACUCGCUCACCGAUUUAAUGAUGUUCCCGCCGCCGUCGUGACACCCGAUGCAACUCCGUCGGAACAACGUGGCCCCUCUCUGUAUUUCCGCACCACUCAUUGCUGCUGCCGAUACCGGGGGAAACGGGCGCGAGGGGAGAUAAAGCGAGGAUUGCAGCGACUACCGGAGGAGCAAAGCUGGUGAUCAGUAUAUUACUAUCCCCUUCCAUUUCUGCCUACGGAAUCAGCGUACGUAAGCCAUAACUAUUCAAUUCAAAUCAACCACCGUGAAUUACCCCGGAAAGAGAUAGAGAGAAUGGAAGGAAGUACCUUUGGGAAUCGGAAGCUUGAGCUUCCGGGCGCGA